AUGGAUGAAUUGAUGCGGGAUGCGCCGGGGUGGAUGCAAGCCCAGAUGUAUGGGAACCCCAGGAAUUUCUCAGAACACUAUAGAGCUGUAAAUGCUCUCUGGAAGAAAUAUCGAGAGGAGGGCGGCCACGUUGUAAAGGGCUUCAGAGACUAUCGCGUGGAUCGAGAGGAGUGGGCGGAAGCUCCGUUUCCGAAACCAGGAGAAGUUAACCCUCGAGAUUAUAACAUAAAAAAGAAUUGGCAGCGGAUUCCAUACCGGACUGAGGGUUGGGAAAGCACGUGGCCACCGUUUGUGCUCCAAACAUCCGAUUUAUGGGACGAGCCAUAUAGGAAUGAAAUAAGAGAAAGAUGUCGGGCUGCUCAAAGAUAUUUCGAGAGACGUCCACUACAUGAUCUUAAACUUGCAAAAGUACUAGGCUACGGUGGGAAUGGCAUAGCUUUAAAGUUCAGAAGCGUACGCCCACCUUACGAACUGGUAUUCAAGAUUGGUCGCCAGGGUUGGUUCAGUCCAGAGAUCCGUCGUGAAGAGCGGGCGUUACAGGAAGUAGCCCGUGCGGCCCAUUGCAUCCAGACGGUCCCUCGAAAUGAAGCCUUGCAAGCAGACUACCAGGCCUAUGAAUACGACCCAAUAGAUCAGUACGAUUCGAGCGACGACGACGAAGAUGUUGCUUCUCUAAGGGAAUCAGAAAUUGAAUUCCCGGACGAGGAUCGUGCCCUUCGGGGGUGGGAUGACUCUCGGAAAUUCACUCAUGAAAACGACCCUGAAGAUGCGGCGGUGAAACAUGAAUUUCACAUGGACAGAAUCAGGGAGCGAGAUGAAUUGAUUGACAAUAUGAUUCGUAAUAGGGUUGGAAAUGACCCAAAUAAUCCAAUCUUCCGCCAUGAUUAUGUUAUCUUGGAGUUUGUGGAAAACGGUGACCUAGCGCACCUCAUCCAAAGGAUUGAAAAGGCCAAGGGUGACAAAACGAAGAGAGUCCCUAACCGUGUUCUUUGGUCCUUUUGGCUUUGCUUGGUUAGGGCGUGUGUUGCCUUAGAGUAUCCUCCGCGGUUAUUCCAUCCUGGGCGACACGACAGACACGCUCCGCAAAGGGUCGCAGACGCGGACAGGGUAAGGCAGCUUUCAAAUCCCGAGGGGGGGCCUGAAGAGUGGAAAGCUAUCGGAGACGACCUCUUCGAAGAGGUCCCGCCUAUCGCUAAGCGAUAUGCUGGAAUGCGGUUGGUCCAUUUUGAUAUCGACGCUAGAAAUAUCUUCAUCGGUGGCCUAGACAUACAUGACACGGAUGGUGAGCAUGUUAUAAUUCCUAAACUGAAGCUCGCGGACUUUGGACGUAUGAGGAAGAUAAAGCGUAACAAGGGAAAUCAAUACUACCUUCGGCAUCGCUUCACCGGGAAAUACGGCCACUAUGCCCCUGAACAAUUCGGAAGUGAGUGGGAUUACCUAGAAGUUAGAGGCACGAUGGGUUGGGAAGUCUCGGAGCAAAGGGUAGCUGGAAAUUACGGAUCACCGAUGAAUGUAUGGGGAAUUGCUUUGACCUUAUGGACGCUCAUGACAACAUCUCGCCCGCCGAUUCCGCCCCAGCAGAGCUCGGAUGAUCCCCUUCACUAUGCAGCAUUGCUCAUGGACGACCCCGAGUUAAGUUAUAUAGACGAAGACCUCCGGACUACAAUUAUGCAAUGCAUGAGGCACUACCCCGACGAGCGACCAACACUAGAUGUUCUAAUAGCGCAGGCAAAGGAAGGUACACAACGGGAAUACGAGGGUGAGACUGACGACGUAAUUAAAAACUGGGUUAAAACAUUGCUAACCUUUUUCUAUAUCUACGACGCCGUUGAGCCCGACGAUCCCCCUCCACCAGCUCCAGCCCCCCAUGCAGGACCGGCUCACCAUCCGGUACCGCAUCCUCCUCCAGGACCUUUCGGGCCUCCCGGACCCUUCCCACCGCCCGGACCUCCCGGACCAUUUGGACACCAUGGACACCAUGGACAUCCCGGACCGUUUGGGCAUCCCGGACCGUUUGGACAUCCCGGACCGUUUGGACCUCCCGGACCGUUUGGACCUCCCGGACCGUUUGGUCACCAUGGACACCAUGGACACCAUGGAGCUCCUGGACCUUUCGGACCUCCGGUUCCACCACCACAUGGGGGUGGCGGCGUCGUAGUUAAAGGGGGUGGGGGAGGUGGCGACCAACCUCCCGGGCCACCAUAUGGAGAUAUUCCCAUGGGAAACGUGAUGCAUGAAGUAAUUUGGGAAGCACCACAUGGAAUUGGAGAGGAAGGUGAGGGCGAGAUUGUAGACGCCGAUGACGACGAUGACGAUGACGACGACGACGACGACGACGAUGAAAUAUUCCUUGAAAAUGGUGAAAAUAUAGACCCGUUAAACCCGUUUGCAGGGUUUGACGGACCCGGGGCUGCAGCAGCAGGUGUAGUUGAAUUUCCCCCUCUUCCCCCGGUGCCCGAGGGGGUAGUGGACUGGCUACCACCGCCUGGGCCUCCGCCACCCAUAGGACCCGCGUUGCCUCCAGGGCCGGCGGGCAGGCGUAAUUUUAGAGACAGAUUUCUGCGGCGGAUUGGGCGUGACCGUAGUCCUCCAAGACACGGGCUUGCUGCGCCUCGUAUACGCCGUAGAGAUCGUUUUGGCAAUCAGCUCCGAAAUAUUUUCAACCGCAAUCGUAGACGCUGAUGAUAUCGCUCUGGAAUAUAAAUGGGCGUGCUUAACUCAUAUAUUCAUAUAUUGUUAUUUUAGAGGAGGGUCAAGUUGAUAGACUUGGUUGUUUUUUAGGAGUCUUGUUUUAAGGAAUCGUGUUUCCAGCAUUCACUGGCUAUUUUGUUAGUUACCAUACAUGGUAAUUUAUGUAAUUUAGGUACCCGAUAUAUACUUGAGGAUAUUCACUGAGAAUUUAUCAUCUUUCUUUCUUUCCUAUUCCCCUAUCUUGAGACU